GCAGCUCUGCCUCCACAGCUGUUGUGCUGCUCUGAGGGUUUUUGGGGCCGUGAGAAGAGAGACGGACGUUUCUGUUCCGCCCCCACAAACACACCAGACACUCCUAACAGGCGGCAGACGAGCCCGGCUCUCAUUCACCGCAGAGAGGCUGUGCAGCACCACAGGGACAAUACUCCGGGAGCCGCGAUAUUAGAGGCGCUUCACCUGCACUAGAGAAGCAAACUGGGAACCUGCAGCAGCGGCCUCCUUCAACAAGGCCUGAACGUCAGUCACCGGACAGUCGAGCGGUUUUUAUCAGGACAGAUCACCCAGUAACUCUGAUCCUCCCAGUGACGCCCCGCGGUCCACCGGUUCAGCCCGACCAUGGUUCUGUGUGAGGACGGCGAGUGCAGCGUCUGCCUCCUGCCCUUCACCCGGAUGGACAGGAUCCCGCGGGUGCUGCACUGCAGACACACCUUCUGCGAGCCGUGCCUGGAGACGAUGUCUCGGUCCAGCAGCGGGCUGCUCACCGUGGGCUGCCCUCUGUGUCGCCGGGUCACCUGCGUAGGGCACGGCCUCAGCCUGCAGGAGGCCCUGUGGGUCGACAGCAGGCUGUGGGAGCAGAUACCGGAGGACGUGGAGGCCGAAGAGGAGGAGGAGGACGACGACGGACUGAAGGGAGCAGCUGAGGAGGAGGGGACGGAGACCAAACAACCCUCGCUGCAGGCAGA